AUGAUCGGGUCCGUCUCGUGGGCGGCAAGGACGAACGAUACAUCGCCUUUCGAAGCGAUCUUGCCAAGCUCGACCUUCCGACCUUGUCCUUCAAAGUCCUCUGCCCAUGGUUGGGCUGUUGGGAAGGCCUUGUUGAACGCGUCUUCCGAGAUCACGGGGAUGGGCGAAGCGGAGAGGACGGACGUCGUUCUCUUCUUGAGACGGCCCUCCACCGUGGCCCUUUUCAACUCGAGUCGGAAACGGGGAUAAUCAAAGAAGACAAUGAACUUGGUGGAUCGCGAGUGUGGCCCUCGCCCUCGUCCCACCCGCACCCGCACGGCCAAGCACGCGAGUUCCUCGGCAAGAUCCAGUCCCUGAUCCAUGAUUGGACAUCUCGAGACUUGCGAUCCACCAAGUUCAUUGUCUUCUUUGAUUAUCCCCGUUUCCGACUCGAGUUGAAAAGGGCCACGGUGGAGGGCCGUCUCAAGAAGAGAACGACGUCCGUCCUCUCCGCUUCGCCCAUCCCCGUGAUCUCGGAAGACGCGUUCAACAAGGCCUUCCCAACAGCCCAACCAUGGGCAGAGGACUUUGAAGGACAAGGUCGGAAGGUCGAGCUUGGCAAGAUCGCUUCGAAAGGCGAUGUAUCGUUCGUCCUUGCCGCCCACGAGACGGACCCGAUCAUCGCGGCCGCGACCAAGUUUGGCUCGAUCGGCGGUGUCGAGCUCGUCUCGGAACGUACCGCCCUCGUGAGCGGCAACGGCGAUUAUGCCAUGCUCAUAUCAGCAUCGGUUGCGAAGUAUCGGAUCCUCCCUCGCAAGCAAGCGAACAGCAGGCGAUUCGAGUCUGUCGAUAUUCUUGACCUGCGCAGGUAG